AAGGGGGAGAAAAGCGACUGCAGGAGAAGGUACGAUGGCCAACGUGUCAAUACAGGACAUAGAGUCCGUGGACGAUUACUGGGGACCGACUUUUCGGUCGAUUCUCGAGGGUACUGAUCAGGCAUCGCUGUGUGAGCAAAUUGAUGCCCGGAUCCGGAAUCACGAUAAGGACAUCGAGAGGAUUUGCAACAUCUACUACCAGGGCUUCAUAGAGUCCAUCCGGGAGUUGCUGCAAGUGCGCACACAGACGAAGAAUCUCAACAAUGAGGUGUUGAGCCUCAAUGAGUCCCUCACUGGAGUGUCUUCCGGACUGUUGACGCGCGGCAAGGAGCUCGUGAGGGCGCGCCAGGUGGAGGGUAACAUUGCCAAUGCCAUUCAGAGCCUGACGAAUUGUUUGCCGGUGCUGGAGUGCUUCUCGAAGCUUCUGCGUCAGGUGCACGAGAAGCGCUACUAUCCGGCACUGAAGACUCUCGAGCAGCUGGAGAAUGAGCAUCUGCCCAAAGUGGCCAACUAUCGCUUCACCGCGCAGAUGAAGAGUGCCGUGCCGAAGCUCAAGGAGAAGAUCAAGCAGUCGUCUGAGGAGGAUUUCAGGGAGUUCCUGGAGAAUAUCAGGAAGUUCUCACCGAAGAUCGGCGAGGUGGCGAUGAAUCACACGAGACAGAUGCAGCGGAGAAAUCUCAAGUCAAUCAUUGAAGAGUAUCAGAGCAUGGAGAAGAACGGCAGUGCAGUGGAUGAGGAAGAUCUCAGUGCCCAGGAUUUGAUAGACUUCUCACCGGUGUACCGAUGUUUGCAUAUAUAUACUGUGCUGAAUGAUAAGGAGUACUUUGAGAAUGACUGGCGAAAGCAGCGUCGAGAUCAGGCUAAGUUAGUCUUGCAAGCGCCUCAGACGAUGCACGAUAAUUUGGACGCCUACAAGACAUACAUUCACUCAAUCGUGGGCUUCUUCAUCGUGGAGGAUCAUGUGAUGAACACAGGCGGUGAGAUCGUCACGCGAUCCUAUUUGGACGAUCUGUGGUCAGCGUCACUGACGAGAGCCGUGAAUGUGCUCAGCAUGAACUCCUCUUCGUGCACAGAUCCCAAUAUUCUGCUUCGCAUCAAGAACCUAAUCAUGCUGAGCAUCACUACGCUCAAGACCUACGGUUACACAUGCACGCAGCUCUGGGAUUUGCUGCUGGAGAUGCGCGAUCACUACAAUGAAGUGCUGCUGCAGCGCUGGGUGAAUGAAUUCCGGGAGAUUCUCGCGCGUGGUGACUUUCUGCCACUGGAGGUGGAGGAUCAGGAGGAGUACGAUGCGAUUCUGGAGAGAUUUCCCUUCCAUUCGGAGCAGUUGGAGAGUCAGGAGUUUCCCAAGAGAUUUCCCUUCUCCCAAAUGGUGCCCGAAGUGUAUCACCAGGCGAAGGAGUUUAUGUAUGCCUGCAUGAAGUUCUCCGAGGAGUUGUCUCUGUCGCCCAAUGAAGUGGCCGCAAUGGUGCGAAAGGCAGCAAAUCUUUUGCUUACGCGAAGUUUCAGCGGUUGCCUCUCGGCGGUUUUCCACAGUCCCAGUUUGGCUUUGAUGCAGGUGAUUCAAAUCAUAAUUGAUACGCAGUACUUGGAGAAGGCUGGACCAUUUCUGGAUGAUUUCGUGUGCAAAAUGACCGGCACAAAGCAAAAUAUCAGCCAAGCACCGUCGGCAAUGUUCCACGUGGCGCGCGCUGAGGCGGAAAUGCAGGUGUCUGAGAAGCUCUGCUCGAAGCUGGAUGAUUUCUUCGAGGAGUUGGAGGGCUAUGACUGGCUAUUGGCGGAACCAAUUGGCCAUGGAUCGCCAUUCAUCACGGAUAUGAUUGCUUUUCUGCAGAGCACCUUUCAGAGCUUCUGCACACUGUUGCCCAAUGUGGCGCAGGGUGCGUGCAAGAGAGCCUGCGAACACAUCGCCAAUGCCAUCAGAAGUCUGCUGCUGAGUGAGGAUGUGAAGCAAAUCUCCACCGGAGCACUGCAGCAGAUCAGUCUGGACUUGAUGCAGUGCGAAGUGUUCGCCGGGAGCGAUCCAGUGCCGGGCCUGAAGGAGGGCGAACUGCUGAAGUACUUUGCGGAGUUGCGGCAAUUGCUGGAUCUGCUGCUGAGCGAGGAGUGGAGUGCAUAUUUGCAUGACUAUGGCAAGGAGGAGAAGAGGUACUCACUGGUGCAGCCGACGACAAUAAUUAUAAUCUUGGAGAAGAUUCGAGAGGCCGACAAGAAGACAAUGUUCAGUGUGCUGAAGAAGUCGGAGCGUGACAAGAAGAAGCUCCUCGAGACUGUCCUCAAGCAACUCAAACAGUUGGCUGAAAAGCAGAAUUAAUGAAAUUCAUGUGAGUAAAUUUCAUUACUGCAACUUCUAUUCCUGAGAGAUGCUUUUUUCGCUCUCCGUCUCGCCACCCUCAGACACCGGAAAAGUAAUGGAGAAACAUUUAAUUAAGCCAAGUCUCUCCGGCCAGUGGAGGGAAAAUUGUCUAUUUCAGCAGAAAUGGGACUUUUUCCGGGAAUGAAUUUUGGGCGAAUGAGGAGAGGAGAUUUUCCGGCGAGGAGGCCCGAUGGGGAAUCUUCAAGGAGAUUAAUGAUAAAGUGUUUAUAUUGGCUUAUGGCCAAAAAAUAACAGAUUAGACUUUAUUUUUCCACUCAUUUCUCCUCCCUUUUUUCUGCCCACAUUUCUCCUCGCUCCACUAAAAAUAAACACGCGAGAUAUAGACAGACCAAAAGUGGAGUGAAUACAUGUAGUUUUGCGGGCAGAUGGUGGGAGGCAGGAGUGAAUGAAAGCCAGCGAGUUUUCCAGCCAGAUUUUUAUUAAGUGAUAACAAUGGGCGGAGGAUUGUCGGGAUGAGGGGCCGCAGAAGGAUUUUGCCAGACUAUUUUAUUUCCAUGCGCCUACGGCCAUAUUAUUGUCGAUUAAAUCAGGACCAGAGAGAGAGAAGAUUCAUCUCUCGUGCCUCGGAUAUGCCUUCGUCCGCUAAGAGCCUUCGCCGUCAGACUGGACAGAGAACAGAGAUUGCCUGCGGCGAUAGUUGUCUCGUGUCCAGAAUGAUGGGAGAUGAGCGAAGAGGAGCGUAAUAAUCAAACUUCUUCUAUUAAAUUAUUAUUAGAGUGAGAGUAUAAUGGAGAUGGUCAUAAAAGAAAAGGAUUUUCCCGCUGUCAAUAUACUUUUUUGCUUUACGUGGGAAUGCAAAAUAGGAGCGCAGUUUUAUGAGCAACUAUGAAAAAGUUCAAAUACACUGCCGGUGGGGGAGUCUUAUCGCGAAAAUAAAAUAAUAACUGGCUGGCUUAUUAAUAUUUUCAUUUAUUAUUAUUAUUCUUUAUUUAAUAAUACACUACAUUCAUAUUUAUAUGCUGCGUCGUUAAACGAUAAACCCAAAUGUUAU